CGACUUAGCCGGCACUUCAUCCACUCAACCGCGCGAUCAACGAGAACCUGCAGCUUCUGGCGCUUCGCGAGACCAACAUACACCCCAACCGUCGUUUCAGCAUUCUAAUGAGCGAUCAUCACUCGCCUACGUACACCAAGAAACAGAUAUGAUGGAAGAAUUGUUAAAGCAGAAAGGAGAUAACUCGACAUUAAGUGCUAUUCUUGGCUGUAUUUAUGGUCAAUGUCUUGGUGACGCUUAUGGACUAGCAACCGAGUUUGAAAGUAAAGAGUCUGUCGCUCGUAUGUAUCCUCGUCAAACCGCCAUUCCAUUCCCAAAUUAUGUUCGCACAGCAAAUUCGUCGAAUUGGCGUAAAGGCGAUUGGUCAGAUGACAGUGACCAAAUGAUAUUAAUCAUGGAAACACUUAUCGAAAAACACAGUGCAGACGAACUGACGUUUGCUAGGAAACUGUCAAAGUGGAUAAGGCAGGGUUUUCCAGACCUAGGAGACAAAGGUGGCACGGGCUUAGGACAUAAUGUCCGAUUAGUAUCACUUCACAAUGACUUUUUACUUGAUCCACAUAAAGCCAGUAGAGAAGUAUGGGAGAGCACAAACAAACAAGUUGCUCCGAAUGGAGCAGUGAUGCGAUGUUCUGUGUUAGGUAUAUAUGAAUACCAAGAGACUGAUAGAGUUAUUGAAAAUACUGCAAAAAUAGCUAAAGUAACUCAUUUUGAUCCGAGAUGUGUUGCAUCGUGUGUAGCCGUCAAUCUCUGUAUUGCCUACAUAUUACAGAAAAAGUUUGAUGUUACCACGGUCGAUGGCGUUGAAGCAUUGAUUAACGCGGUUAAAGAAAAAACAUUAGAAUCAGUUCAAAUGCCUGGUGGACAUAUUCAAGAGUUUAAAUUUUAUACCAGUAAAUGUUCGCUGACAGACAUGGAACUAGACGAGAGACAAUCGAUUGGUUAUACGUACAAGUGCAUGGGCGCAGGGUUUUAUGGUUUGCGUUCCGAAAAGUCGUUUAAAGAAACACUGAAUGAAUUGAUUCAUGAAGGUGGAGAUGCGGAUACGAACGGU